AUGACAAGUGCUGCUCCUGCUGCUUGGAGACAGGCUUCUGCCUUCUCCAGGCGCCUUUCUACAUAUGGUUCCCGGACUCCUCGAGUCCUCGCCACCGGCCUACGUGCCCGGUCUUAUGUCUCCGGCACGAAUGUUGGCCAAGCUCAGGUCAACAUCGAUGCCGCCAUCAAGGAGGAACAAAAGUCGUUUAUGAAACAGUCUGGUCUUGCGCCCCAGGGUGUUAACCUGCCCGGCUCGGCAACCUCCGGCGACGCCGCAAUGAGCCCCUCGGCCGGUAUUCUGAAGCAGGCCACCGUCAUGGACCAGGGCACACGCCCCAUCUACCUCGAUAUGCAAGCCACCACUCCGCUGGACCCCCGCGUUCUCGAUGCCAUGCUUCCUUACCUCACCGGUAUCUACGGUAACCCGCACUCGCGCACUCACGCUUACGGAUGGGAAUCGGAGAAGGGAGUCGAGGAGGCUCGCGAACACAUUGCUAAGCUGAUCGGCGCCGACCCCAAGGAGAUCAUUUUCACAAGUGGUGCGACGGAGAGUAACAACAUGAGUUUGAAGGGUGUGGCGCGGUUUUUCGGUCGCUCAGGAAAGAAGAAUCACAUCAUCACCACCCAGACCGAGCACAAGUGUGUGCUUGACAGUUGCCGCCACUUGCAGGAUGAAGGAUUCGAGGUCACCUACUUGCCAGUGCAGAGCAACGGUCUGAUCCGGAUGUCGGACCUUGAGGCGGCUAUGCGCCCGGAGACUUGCAUUGUCAGUAUCAUGGCUGUCAACAACGAGAUCGGUGUGAUCCAGCCGUUGGAGGAGAUCGGUCGACUCUGUCGAUCCAAGAAGAUCUUCUUCCACACCGACGCUGCGCAAGCCGUCGGAAAGAUUCCGCUGGAUGUCAACAAGCUGAACAUUGAUUUGAUGUCGAUCUCCAGCCACAAGAUUUACGGUCCCAAGGGUAUCGGUGCUUGCUUCGUGCGUCGUCGCCCGCGUGUUCGUCUCGAUCCUCUUAUCACUGGUGGUGGACAGGAGAGAGGUCUGCGCAGUGGUACUCUAGCGCCUCACCUUGCUGUCGGCUUCGGCGAGGCGUGCCGAAUUGCCGCUCAGGAUAUGGAUUACGAUACCAAGCACGUUAACCGUCUGUCAAAGCGCCUGAGCGAGGGCCUCCUUGCCAUGGAACACACCACGUUGAACGGUGACCACGAGCACCACUACCCCGGCUGCGUGAACAUCUCAUUCGCCUACAUUGAGGGUGAGUCCCUGCUGAUGGCGCUGAAGGACAUCGCGCUGUCAUCUGGCAGUGCCUGCACUUCUGCCUCACUGGAGCCCAGCUAUGUGCUGCGCGCUCUGGGAAGCAGCGAUGAGAGUGCCCACAGCAGUAUUCGUUUCGGUAUUGGACGAUUCACCUCCGACGAGGAGAUCGACUACGUUCUCAAGGCUGUGCAAGCUCGUGUCUCUUUCUUGCGUGAGCUCAGUCCGCUUUGGGAGUUGGUGCAGGAGGGCAUUGAUCUGAACACGAUCGAAUGGAGCCAGCACUGA